CUCUUCUUUUGUACAAUUGUACUUAUCUUUCUCCAUAGUUUUGCAUUCAUAGAGAGAGUGAAACAUUUAUAUAAUCUUAUCUCAAUUGAAAGAAAAUUCUCUUUGAAAUUUUAGUGGAAACCUAUGUUGGCAUGAAAAAGAUGGAACUGGCAACACUAGACAUCAUAAUCUGCUGUCUGACUGAAGAUUUUAUGCACCAGUGCCAUUAACAGCUCACUUUUGUGCUGUGAAAUGAAUCACAGUUGUGAUUAUCUAGUUCACAAAAGCUGCAGAAUACUCAGUAAGAAAACACUUUGGAUUUUAAACAAUUUCUUGAGAACAUUAAGAUGACCAGGAGAAGUGGAGAUUUAAUGUUGCAUAUUAAUUAACAAUAUCCUCUUGUAAAUAAUAGAAUUAACACAACCAUGUGCUCAUCGCUGCACUGUGCUGUCAUACAAGAGCUCCGUCAUCAAAAAUUUAGCCAACAAGUGACGUGACAAAUUCUGUAGACAAUGUGUGAUAUUCAAAAAAAGUUUCUCUGUCCCCGUUUGGUGGACUACCUCGCCAUUGUGGGAGCACGCCCACCAGGUCCGGGACCAGGCUCAAGAGUGGGCUCCAGUGGCAGUACUCCUGCAGUGCAGACUCCAGAACUGUUGCGCAGGUAUCCAAUGGAAGACCACAAGGAUUUCCCUUUGCCUCUUGACAUGGUUUACUUUUGUCAGCCGGAAGGCUGUGUCUCUGUGGGACCACGCCGUACUGCUCUACGAGAAGCAACCUCUUUUGUCUUCACAUUAACUGAGAAGGAUUCAGGCAAGAGUCGAUAUGGAAUCUGCGUUAAUUUCUACCGCCCAAUGGAACGUGUUGCACCACCUGCUGGACUUGGUGGAUCUCGCCGAGACCGUCGCUCGUCAGCAUUUAGAAGAGAAUCCUGGAGAAAGAGUGUUGAGAAAAGCUCAGAUUCAGCUUUUUCUAGUGAUUACCGGAGCAGUCAGGUGGCCCCUAGUGACUCUGACCGGGAUUGUCCCAGCAGCAGCAGACGGGAUUCUGACAGCCAGCAUCCAGGUAGCCUGCGACUGGGGGUGGCCGGAGCUGGUGUACCUGGCGGGGGCAAUGAUUCGGAGAGUGGUGGUUCUCAUUCCCCUUCACCUCGUGCCAGCCGUCGUGCGAGACAGAGGGUCCGGAAUCAUUCUCUGACUUCUUUGUGCCUCUUAUCUCAUCACCCAUUUUUCUCAAUAUUUCGCGAAUGUUUAUUCAUUCUCAAGAAACUCAUAGAUGCUUGCAAUGAGAAUACAUCACCAAGACGUGUUGGGGCUUCCAGGCAAAUUUCAAGGGAUUCAGUGUGGAGUGUGCUGACUGGUAGGGCCUAUGAUGGUACACCAUCUAUUGUUUUACAUGAUGUACGUGAAAUUGAAACAUGGAUCCUGCGGUUACUGAGUGCACCAGUUCCAGUGCCUGGGAAGACAAGAGUGGAGGUGGAAGUCUUGUCACCAAGCGUUCGUCCACCACUCGUAUUUGCUCUUCCUGAUCACACACGCUUUUCCUUGGUGGACUUUCCAUUGCAUUUGCCAUUAGAAUUAUUGGGUGUUGAUAUAUGUGUGAAAGUCCUUACACUCAUACUUCUUGAGAAUAAGCUGGUGCUACAAUCACGAGAUUACAAUGCCUUGUCCAUGUCUGUGAUGGCAUUUGUAACAAUGAUUUACCCAUUAGAGUAUAUGUUCCCUGUGAUACCUCUCUUACCAACAUGUAUGAGCUGUGCUGAACAACUGUUACUUGCACCGACUCCUUUCGUCAUUGGUAUACCAGCCAGUUUUCUAAUGUACAAAAAGAAUUUUAGGCUUCCUGAUGACAUCUGGCUGGUCGACUUAGACUCAAAUAAGAUAACACCGCCAUCUGGAGCAACAGAUGAACUACCACCAUUACCAGAACCUGAGGGGACGAUUUUGAAAAACCAUCUUAAACAGGCACUGUCAAGUAUGUCACUGGCAGCACCAACAGUAGUGGUUCCAAGAGAAGAAUCCGUAACCACAGAAGCACAUCAGCAACAUCCCUCUCAGGGCCAGUGGCAGGGUAGCUCUGCUGCACCACCCCAGCAGUAUUAUCAGCCUCACCAAGUUCAACAACAUCAUCAACAACUGCAGCAGCAACGGCAACAACAACAACAACAAAUGAGCUCCAUCCCUAGGCCAGGAAUGGGAGCUCCUAGUGGCAGAAGAGAAUCACAUGUUCCAGAACCUUUACAUGCUACAACAGGAUUCAACCCAUUCAUAUAUGGAAAUGAUGUUGACUCUGUUGAUGUUGCGACAAGAGUAGCAAUGGUGAGAUUUUUCAACUCCCAGAAUCUUCUAGCAAAUUUUGCUGAACACACGAGAACACUGAGACUCUAUCCAAGACCUGUUGUGGCAUUCCAGAUUAAUAGCUUCUUGAGAUCCAGGCCUCGAACAACACAUUUUCUUAACCGCUUUGCUCGUACUCAGGCUGUGGAAUUUCUGGCAGAAUGGUCUCUAACUCCUAGCAAUGUCGCGUUCUUGCGUGUGCACACUGGGGUGUUUGAUCCUACUCUUAUUGGAGAUAAAUCCAAGUGGUAUGCACAUACUCUCGAACCCAUUUACUUCAGUGUGUGGGAUGAGAGCAGUUCACUGAGUGGGGCAUUGCGAUCAUUACGUCAGCAGGAGCAACCAACAGAUGAAAGUGGUUCUGAUUCAGAAGGAGCUGAGAGCACAAGCUCAUCAUACUCUUCUCUCAGUGACUUUGUAUCAGAAAUGGUAUCAUCCGACUUAUCACCAAGUUUCCCACCAACAUCGGUUGAUCGUACAGAGCCACCACCAGCUGCACUCACCAUUCAGCCAUUAGCUCUGUGUAGUGGCCUUGACCACCGCACUGUAUAUAAUCCACCAAGCAGUCUGCAGUUUCCUGGUUCCAUGAUGCCUGCUGUCAGUGCUCCAGCAACAUCACCUCCAGGCUCAACCUCUUCUAGCAGAAGUGAUCUCAGCUCCCCUUCCCUGAAUCGUGAUUCUGAACUUGAUUUUGCUGCAGCUGUUGCUGUUGCAAAUAGUAGUCAGGAACAAUUACCAGCUGAAUCAUUGCAACCUCAGCGACUGGGAACACUGGAGAAAGAAGAUAUAGCAAGCCCAGGUGGAGAAUCAGAUUCCAACUCAACGAUGACAACAGCUACCCCUAAGACUGUACUAAGUCAACAGUCAUCUAUACCGCACCGAUCUCCUACUCCCAGCCUUGGUAGUGAGGGCUCUGGUUCACUCUCACUAGGAGGUUCAUCAGACAGAGAGAGAGAUAGGCCUGGCACUCCAAGAGCACCUCAUCGUCCACCACGGCCUGCCACACCAGUUCCUCCUUCAAGCCCAGGCCCACAGCGCCAAACAAGCUUGGGAAAUGUCCUGGCACGUACUGCUAGUUUUGGUUCGGGAAGCAGCAGGGACAGUGGCAGUGGGAGUAGUGGCGUUCCACGACAGGGUAGCCAAACAUCAUUGCUGGAACAAUUUGCUGUUUCUGCAAAGGAAUUGGUGCGAGAAACUACGCGGCAGAGUAGUCAGGAUGGACUCCUUGCACAUAUGGACAAGUUGAAACUACAAGCCAAAGAAAAAAUCAAUGAGGCAACUCAUGAAGAGGGAAGCUUAUUUGCACCUCUUGAACAGCUUACUAUCCAGGCCAAAAAAGCAGCUGAAGAGGCUUCAAAAUCCGUCCAAGAAGCAUCUAAGACAGCUCUGGAAGCCAGUAAGACUGCAGCUGGUGUCAGCAAGAAUACAUUUGAGGAUUUGACAUAUGUUGGAAAGAGCACCUUGGGUGAUCUAACAAAAAGUGCCAAACAGGCUGCAGCAAAGAAAGGAUUUAUUAAGCCCAACCAACAACAGCAGCAGCAACAGCAACAGCAGCAGCAGGGAAAUAUCCAGACAGCUACUGGACAGCCGGGAGGUGGUCCAAACAACUUAUUGGUGCAGCCUGAUCUAGGCCGCACUGCAGGCAGAGACUUCUUCUCCAAUGUCAGUUCAGAGCUGAAUGGCAUUGCAGCCCAGACCUCCAGCAUGUUCAGUGGAUUCUUUGGAUCAAAAAGCACUUCUAGUCCUAGAAGCAGUAGCCCUGGAACGGCAGCUGCCACUGUCACCAAGCCCAAAGAAAAGGCACAGCCAUUUGGUCCUUUUCCUAAAGGCCGUAAGGGAUUGGUAGAAAAAUCAUCUCUGAUACGACAUACAACUACGAAAAGCAGGCAAGAGGAAUUGCAAAGAAUACAGAGUGCUGAACGUUCCACCACAAAUUCUGAGAAUCAAGCUUUCCUGAAGGAUGUAGUGAAUCAAGUUUUAGAUGGGGAAGGUGUUGGAUGGUUAAAAUUAAAUCGCCUGAAAAAGCUUAUGGAGGAUGAGAGCUACAGAAACUUUGUAGUGAGCAAGUUGAAUCGUACUCUGGAGAGAAAAAUCAGUCCUGAUGAUCACAUUGAUGAUGUUUGCGUCAGUCGAGCUGUCUGGAAAGGCAUGUUGAAAACACUACAAGCUGUGAUAUACGGCUUGGAGCAAACAUAUUCAAACUAUGGUUUGGGUGGCAUGGCUUCAGCAUUUCAAGUGCUGGAGAUUGCACAUACACACUACUGGACAAAAGAUUUAUCGGAAGCUCCAGGCAUGGAUCUUGCUGCUAGCAGUACCGCUGCGAUGUCACAGGCAUCAAGUCCAUUUGGAAGUCAUGAAAAUCUGAAGUCCCCGCAGAGCCCACAUGGUUUCCAGCUUCCCCCUCACUCCGAUUUUUAUCCUCCAGACAGUUCUCGGAAAUCAUCUCAGGCUGGUAUUUAUGAUUCACCUCCAUCAGUGCGGUUGAUUCAGGAUCCUCAACAAGGAACAGAAGAAAGUGGUGAUGGGCAGUCUACCACUGAUAUGCUCCGUGAUUUGCUCAAUCAGAAACGGCAUUUGCUUUUAUCUAAACUAACCUCCAUGGACUCUGAGGGUGGGACUGAGAACACUUUACAUGGCUCAACUGAGGGUGUGGCUUCUUGCAAUGCAUCCGAUGCUGGCAGUAUCAUCACAAACCCGGCAUUCACAAGACAAAGGGCCGGUCACCAAGCUUCGUUCCGUAGUACUGUUUCUGAUAGUGAGAUAGAACAGGGCAAUUUUCCACGCCAAGCAAAGCAACGAACACCUAGUGUCUGGUCGAGCAAAUCAUCUCUUAGCACCGGAUUUCGAUAUCAUGGUGGAAAUAUGAUCAACACUUCAACAACACCAAGUCCUGAUACAGGAAGAACAUAUCUCUUUGAAGGACUUAUUGGCAAGGAACGCUCCAGCCUGUGGGACCAGAUGCAGUUUUGGGAAGAUGCCUUCCUUGAUGCAGUUUCACAAGAAAGAGAUAUGGUUGGAAUGGAUCAAGGACCAGGAGAGAUGAUGGAAAGGUAUAAUUCUCUCAGUGACACAGAAAGGAAAAGGUUGGAACAUGAUGAAGAUCGACUUCUUUCCACAAUGUUGUAUAACCUGGUAGCAAUCAUGGUCAUGAUGAAUGUCAAUAAAUUAGAUAUAAAGCGUAAAGUGCGCAGACUGCUUGGAAAGAGCCAUAUUGGGUUAGUCUACAGCCAAGAAGUUAACCAGUUACUGGACCAAAUAAACAACCUGCAUGGCAAUGACAUUGAUCUGAAGCCACUAGGCUCAAGGCAGAUGCACCGACAAAGCUUUACAGUUCAUGCAGGUGUAGAUCCUUCUGGUGAUUUACUGUUCCUUGAAGUUCGUGAAGAUGGACUUGUCUUGCGUUCUGUGAAUGGUACAAUUGUUGAGCGGUGGUGGUUUGAACGGCUUGUUAACAUGACGUACAGCCCAAAAAAUAAGGUGCUGUGCCUUUGGAGACGAAAUGGUGGUCAGACACAGUUGCAUAAAUAUUAUACGAAAAAGUGUAAAGAUCUCUACUAUUGCAUAAAAGAAGCAAUGGAGCGGGCAGCAGCAAGAGGUAGUGGUGCUCUGGCCGGAGUAGAACUUGGAGGGGAGUUCCCAGUACAAGAUAUGCGAACUGGUGAAGGUGGCUUACUGCAAGUGUGUCUUGAGGGAGUUGGUCUGCUUUUUGCCAACAGCAAGUUCUUUGUACGGUUGGAUCACAUUCGCAAAUGCUUCACUCAGAAAGGUGGAAUCUUCGUCUUGGAAGAAUAUAACCCCAAGACAAGACAGGUGAUACAGAGGAGGUACAAGUCUUCAAUGUCAGAUCAGAUUUGCUACUCGGUGCUGUGUGUUUUCUCGUAUGUCGCAGCAGGACAAGAACACAGGCAUUUGCAGCAAAGCCAAGGAGAUGGGGUGUCUCUUCCAUCACAACAACACUCGUCACACUCUCCGCAGCACCUUCAUUGAAGUUCUGAUUUCUAUGCUACCUUGAUUUCUUAUUGAUUCCAAAACUAUGCUUUAUUACAGUUUAAUAUUGGAAGCUUAAUAACACAAAUAAGAAGUUCAAGUUAUAUACAAGUUUUGUAUGAAAUGUUCAGGUUAUGCAAAAUGAAAUGAAUGCUCAGUUUGAAAAAGUUGUUGUAGCUAUUUAUUUAAAUUCUUGAAUUGCAUAAGUUUUGUGUUCUCAUUACCAUAUAACCUACGGCUAUGCAAUGUUAUAUGAAUAUGAACUCUCUUGCAAAAAACAAUGUUAAAAUUCUGUGUUCUCCUUACCAUGUAACUUACAGCUAUGCGAUGUUACAUGAAUAUGAACUCUCUUGCAAAAAACAAUGUUUAUCAAUUAGUGCCCAUACAGCUUUUGAUGGCACAAGGGCUUCAUUAUCCAGAACAAAUGUGAAAUGCUAAUUCUCAUUUGACUUCAUUUGGUCUUUAGUUUUGGUCCACAUAGUUUACCCAGCAGCCUCUCACAAAUGUACUUGGAUAAUUUAUGGGCCCACUGCAUGUUAUGGGACAAAUAGGGUAUUUAAAAUAAAUACCAAGUGCAACUAAUACAACACCAAAUAGAAUAUUAAUGAUAUGUUAUGUAGUCCCAAUAUAUUAUUUCUUUCUAAUGAACACAAGUUCGGUAUCUGCCUCUCUCUCUCUCUCUCUCUCUCUCUUAUUUUUUUUAGAAAAAUUGUGUUAUGCCUCAUGGAUCAGAUUCUUUUCCCUUGCACAUAACAAUUUAAGAAUCAUGUGUAGUAUUUUGCUACUUGCAAGAGACAUCAUGAUGUAAGAAUACAGUUAUGUAACACUGAAAUUACCAAAAUGUAAAACUGAUUCAUAAGUAAAUACAAAUACGAGACAUUGUGUAGGUUGCACAUUUGAGUUGUUUGUUUGUGAACAAAGUUUUGGGAUUUGUGAUUAUUUAGACAGAAAAACUUCUUUUAUGUCAGUAAUAUGUGUGACAGUAUCUGUUAAAAUGGUGUGGGGAUAGCUGUGCUUAAAGCAAUCCAUAUAUGAAACAAUUACUAUGGCAUUAUUAUGAAGAUGUGACAAGGCAAUAAUAUAGUUGUGGUAUUGCAUAAAUGCAGGUGAAAUGUUAGAUACUGUUGUAUAUGAAUAAACACAGGCUAUGAAAUUUUAUACGAGACAGUUUGCAUUGUUUUGUAAUUCACUGUGACUCAGAGUGAUAUUAAUUUUUGUAAAUACAAUGUUGCCAUUAACUAAAUUUUAAGAUUUGUAUAUCUGGUUGUCACUGAACUGUAUUGCAAUAUAUAGAUCUGUGUGUUGGAUAUUAUAGCCACAAUUUUCUUUCCCAGAAUUACAGUAUGUAUCACCAAUAAUUGUUGUGUCAUAUAAAGAUAGUUUUUCCAGAAUUUUUACAAUAAUUAUUAUAAAAAGCAAUAACUGCAGUUCAUUGUUGAGAUAAAAUAAUCAAAUGGUGAUCAUAGAUUUGUUUUAAAUUUUGAAGCUGUUUAAUGUUAAAUAAAAUACUAAUGUGUGGAACUGAGAAACUGUUUACACAUUUGCCUGUUCUUUGUAAGCAAUUUUGAACACCAUGGUAGUGACCACUAUUGCUACAAUUAUAAUUUGCACUAAAUUAUUUUCUUUAAAUGGAUGUUGUGUAACUCAAAAUGCCAUAGACAGUCUUUAAUACUGUUCAUAAAAUUCCUUUGUCUUGAGAGGCAAAUGGGAAAAUGGCUCUGUUUCAUAAUUUUGUUUGUUGCACAACCCUUUCGACUAUAAAUGGAUUGUGGUUAUUGAACAAAAUAUAAGGUGCAGUAAUUCAAUGAAGACAGAAAUGAACUUCAGCUUACUGAGUUACAGCAAACAUAAAAUGCUUAAAAAGUCAUAUUAACACUACCAAUGAGCAUUGGCAAAAGAGGUAAUGUAGCUGUAGAACGUGAGGAUAUUCAGGACUUAGGAAGUGAAGUCAAAACAAGUAUUCUGGGUCAAGAGAGAUACAGAAUACAGGAUGAUGACAAAAUCAGUGCAUGAUGCAUACCCCAUUUUACAAACUUAGUACAUGUUACUUUUUGUGCUUCCUCACAUCAUUUGUUGCCAUGUGGUACUAUGAAGGUUUUUCUUUUUUGUCUGAAAAAGUGUCAUUUUGUAAAUGCUUUCCUUAAAAGUGUAUGGUCUAAACAAAAAUAUUUUUCUUUAUAUCACUAAUUUAUUUUUCACAGAUAUUCAUCUAAUUCUUGAAGUUUAAUGUGCAUUAUAUAUUGCAACAAAAAUCAUGCCAAUACAGCCAGAUGCUGUAGAAGCAAUGUUGUGAGGUACUUAAAUAACAUUAAACAGAAUUAUUGGGCUUUAGUCAUAGGGCUCUAAUCAUGUAGGCAGAUUUAACUGCAACUAUAAUUAACAGUGAGUCUCAAACUAUAAGAAUUGGUUGGAACCCGAGAAAAACAAAAUGCAGUAGCUCUCACAAAGUAAAAAUAUUUCUGGGAUCCACUAUUUGUGGAAAUAGUAAUUAUUGAUUUUUAUUGUCAUUUGCAAGUAGUAGGCAAUUUUUUUAUUGCACACUUUUUAUACAUAAUACCAUACCAAUAAAUUAUGCCUUUUCUGAAAUCUUAUAAUUAUAUUUUUUCUUUUCUGAAAUGUCCUUAACUCACUAUAAAAAGCAAUAUGGGGCUGUGUCACCUGAUUUCUCAAAGAAAAUAGUUUGUAUCUCUACUGUAGUGCUGAUAAUGCUGCAGUAUUGCCUUAAAAAAUAAUGUGUUUUUGUAUCAUGAUUUGCUUCAAAUUUCAGUGGUCAGUUGUAGUAAUUACAAGUAAUAAUUCUCUGGUGGAAACAAUUUCUUCACAGUAAACAGCUGCAUUGACAGCAGAUAUAAAUGUUAUAGGUUCUUCUUAAUGCUGUUUACUGGAUGUCUCUUUCUCAAAUUGUGAAUGUGGUUAUGUAUUACAUAUGUGUUAUAUUUCUCCUGCAUCUGUCAGUUGAUUGAAACAAUAUUCUAAUUAUAUGACAGAAUGCCAAUUGAACAAUCAAUGUACGUCUCACAUUACCAUGGGUGUUCCAUCUGCUUCAUACGCAGAUUAAAAUAUUUAACACAUAUUUGGUUUGAACCACAUCUUAAUCCACAGGUUUCUAAAGAAACCUUCAUUUACUGCAAGUAUUAUUUUGUGAAGCUGUUCAUCCUCACACAAACACAAUUUUUUCAAACACUAUUGAUAUUGUAAUAUGUGCCUGCAAUUGUUACAGAAAAUGUGUAUGUCCAUAAAGACACUCAAGACAAUGUUAUAUUUAUAUUAAAUUUAGAGUUUUUGUAGAAAUGUGUGUGUUGGGAAACAUGUAAGAACCAUCUGUGGUACUGUAGUGUGUACUUGAGAAUGUGAGUAGUUUGAUUUGUAAAUAUGUAUAUAACAUAUUAGGAAAUAUUUUUUGUAGCUUUAAGACAGAUUGUAAUUUUCUACGUUUCUAGCACUGAUGCUUUAUUAUUUGUUAAAUCCAUUUGUACUUCAGUAAGGAGUUUCAUAUCAUUCCAGAUAACAUUCUGAAUGUACUGUAUGAGGUGCUUCCUCAUUUUUUGUUGUAAAUAAAAAUCAGUAUGAAAUGUUACAUACAUCUGAUGUAGAUGGUGAUGUACUGCUUUGCAGUUAAGUAAUAUCUUCAAUGUUGUGCCUCCUGUUUAAAGUGCAAAAGUAGUGUGAGUGUAAAAUAGCAUUGCAUGUUUGAAUGACAUGAAUAAUGAACUACUUUCUGUUACUUGUUUUUGUCAGAAAUUAGAAUUUUAAUAUAUUGGUACUGGACUAAUUGUUUGUAUGUUUCUAUGCUGACAAAGUUCAGUCACAUUUUCAUUUUUUGUUAGUAUUGUGAUUAGACUUCUGUAGCAUUAGUAGAAGCAUUGCUUUACGUAAAAUAUUUCAGUGCCAUUACUUUAUCUGAAUUUCUGAUCUUCACCAAAUUUUGUGUGUUGUGGUAAAUGAAGUUCUACACCCAUUGACUGCUGAUGAAUACUGAAAACUGAAUACUGAAUAUUUAAUUUUUGAAGAAAAAGUUCCUUGUGUAGGAGAUAAUAAGAAUCAAAGAGAAAACAAGAGAUUGACACGGUAGGGAAAUGUUUCAUGUAAAUAUAUUGCACACAGAACUAUGGAUCAAUGAAAGUAUCUAAAACGAAGGAAAGAGAGGGUCAUGAGAAGAAUAUUUUGUUUUCAGAAAUAUAAUGCUGGUUGUUUGAUAAAAAAAAUUACUUUAAAUUUCAGCUGUAUUCAAUGAGUGUUACAUUAAUUAUCCUACAACUUGUUUUCCCAUCUCAAAUUUUAAGCUUCAUGGUAAACUUUGACUGUUAUAAUGAGGACUUAAAAAAUGUUACACCUUAUGUAUGUAAAAUGUAACGGAGGACAUGUUAAGUAACUGUACUGACAGAUCCAAUAAUACUAUUGUAAGACAGUAUACAAGAACAUGGCCUGUGAUGCUUAAUGUCAUAAUACUGGAAAUUCCUCCAGAAAAUGUAUUUAGUUUUCCUUAUGGGAUAACAAUUUAUACAAGGUUUGUAAGAAAUCUUUGAAACCAUAGCAUGCGUUUGUGAGCCAUUCAAAAUCAUGUUGUGUACAUUUUAGUUACAUAUUUGUGCAGCACCCAGAAUAAGAAUUUGGCUAAAAUGUCCAAUUUUAUGGAUUGUACUCAUUUCCAAGGAGAGCCAUAAAAUAUAUUAUGUAUUCCAGUAUUACAUUUAAUCUUGUGGUAAAUCCUGAAGAAACACAUGUUAUCUUAUUUAGAAUCAAAUUACCAUGUAUUAAUUGUUUGACUCCCCAUUUUAGAAUUAUGCUAUUUUUCGAAAAUAAAAGGCAUGUUUUCCAACAG